AUGGAGACGUUCUUCGGUCAGAGGUUCCAGAAGCCCAGCGACACCAUGGGAACCCAGGAGCCGCGUGAGUUCACAUCCACCAACUGUACCGGGGUGUGGGAUUCCGCAAAUACCAUUCGUCCACAAGGACUCGCCCCCUCGGACAUAGUCCCCGCCGCCACCGCCAACGCCAGCUGCUGUGACCGCGCCAGUUCCAAUCCCAGCGCCUGCGCCUGUGACUCGAGAACCCACUUCGUCGCCGGUGCUGCUUAUGACCCUGACUCUCCAGGGUCGCUCGUCAACUCGGGCUCAAGCUCGCUGACGCAGUCGCAGUCGCCGUCGCCCCAGCCCGGGACCCCUACCACGGGCCAUUUCCUGCCUGGCGCGCACGCUAAGACUGCUCCUACACCCGCUGCUCCUGCCGCUGCCUCGGUGCUGUCACGUAGUAUUACUACCGCUAAAGCUGCUGCCCCCCAACUCUCUAUCGGUGGUGACUUUGAUCCUGCUAUUCUCUCAAACACCUCCAUCGAAGACUUCGACUCCUACUUGAACAACUUUCGCGAUUCCCCCACAGCAGACAGCAGCAUUUACAUUCAUAUUCCUGAUCCUUCAGGUCUUGAACAGCAACUCUACGACCACAACAUGACUACCGGACCAUCCCUUGACCCUACCAUGGGCCGCCGGGACUCUUUUGUCAGCGCCGGCCCCAAGCCCAUAUCGAUGAACAAUCCUAAUCGUGGUGACAAUGCGAACCGCAACCGAAGAGAAUCUCUUGCUGGCAGCCUCAUGGGCGGCGGUAUGAGCUGGGGAGGCAUGUCCUUUGGCAGUUUUGUUAGGGAUGAGUAA